AAUCAAUCAUGUGACCAUUUAAAGCUCGACUAAUAUUAUUUUAUUUUCGAAAUAAAUUUUAACCUUGUACCGGAUAACUGCCUGCAAGUGUGUUUCUCCGUUGAAUUAAAAUGGAACGGAAGGAGAAAGAACUAGAGAAAAAAUGUCCAAUAGCUACCAAUGGCAUUGAUUCUGGGGAUGAGGACGCAAUGGGAGGGUGUCCAAUGGGACAAAACGGACUAGAACGUAAAAUGAAUGGAAUGCCUGAUUCAUACAGCAAAUACUUACAGCUAGAGAAGUUGUUAAAAUGUCAGACAAUGUCUAGUUCUAUAGCAGGAAAGCCGGUUCACGACGAACACCUGUUUAUCAUCACUCACCAAGCAUAUGAACUAUGGUUUAAACAGAUUUUAUUCGAGGUAGAUUCUGUCAGGGAAAGUUUUAUGAUGCCAGUAUUGGAUGAAAAUCAGAUGCUGAAGAUUGUCAACCGACUGAGUAGGGUUGUACUCAUCUUAAAGUUAAUGGUUGACCAGUUUAUGAUUUUAGAAUCAAUGACGCCACUGGAUUUUUUGGAGUUCAGACAGUAUUUGUCUUCAGCCUCUGGAUUUCAAAGUCUACAGUUUAGAUUGAUGGAAAAUAAACUUGGAGUUAAGGAGGAAAAUCGAGUAAAGUAUAACCAGCAGCACUAUAUGAAAGUUUUUAACGAUGAAGAUUCAAAACAAAUGUUAGCAGACUCUAUUACAUCGCCUCCGUUACUUACUUUACUUGAGAAAUGGCUGGAACGGACUCCAGGAUUAACUGACCAUGAAAGGGCUGACUUUAACUUCUGGGAAAGAUACAAAACAGCAGUGUACCAGUGGAUUGAAAACGACUGGCAUACACCAUACAUGGAAGAGACAGAUCCGAAACAGAAAGAAAUCUUGCUUGCUGAAUACAACAAACAAAAGGACUCGUUUGAAUCUGUGUUUACAGCUGAAAAAUACAACGUCUAUGUAGAGAGAGGCGAAAGGAGAAUAAACCAUAAGGCAUUCCAGGGUGCACUGAUGAUAUCGUUGUAUCGAGAUGAACCCAGAUUCAACCAACCAUUCCAGAUGCUUACUCUGUUGAUGGACAUAGAUUCCCUCAUUACUAAAUGGCGCUAUAAUCACGUUAUGAUGGUUCAGCGCAUGAUCGGAAGUAAAAUAGGGACAGGUGGAUCUUCUGGUUACCAUUACUUACGGUCUACCAUCAGUGAUCGAUACAAAGUCUUUGUUGAUCUGUUUAAUUUAUCAACAUUCCUUAUUCCACGUCAAUACAUCCCACCACUAACAAGAAGUAUGAAGAGGACUCUCAGUACAGUGUCCACCUCACGUCUACCAGAAACGGACGAAUUAAGUGAUGUCACCGACCAGUUGGAUAAACAAACAUUAGGAUCGAGUCCUCGUCAGCUGACUGGAACAAGUCCACGUACUAGACCUGUAUUUUUCACCUAAUAGACCUAUUGCACGUAUUUUGAAAGUGAUCGCUUUUUGUAAAGAGAAUAAACAAAACACUUGAUAAGUCAAAAGUACACUCAUAUUUCAUGAUGUUUGUUAUUUGUUUAAUAUUUUAUGCCCAGGAGACUUGAUUGUUUUAGCCGAUACGGUUUUGUAAAAAGCAGUUCAAGUAAUUGGUUAUAUAUCUUCGAAAUAUUACAUCAAAGCCAAUGAAACAAUUUCAUUUUUGUAGAUACAAAAAAAAUUGAUAUGAUGAACAUUGUUCUAACAGCAAUGAAAUUGUGUAUUAUAUCUGUUACAUUAAAAUGUUAUGUAAAAAUUAUAUUGUUACGGUAAUAAAGUUUUUCAAAAAGAUGAAA